CCGAAAGCCGGGUCGGGGGCGGAGCUUGACAUGCGCAGUGGACGCUCAGCGAUUGGGUAGUUGACACCGGAGCGACGCAUAGUGGUGUGUGUUGAACUUGAAGAAUCACGAGAAAGUAGGUCAAUCUUAGUCCCAACAACAACAAGUGGGGCCAUAAAGCCCCUUCCUUUUUCCUGAUAACAUCGCCUCUGGCUCUGCGAUAUUUAGCAGCCACGAAAAUGGCCACAACAGCAGAUACCCUGCCCAACGGAACAGGGCCUUUGAAUGACGGGAAAGAAGACUCCCUCAGGCCAGAUGAUUUGUCUGAGAUGUUGGCCGCCGGGACGAAAGAUGUUCAUGAGAAAGCAGAAAACACACAAUUUGUGAAAGAUUUCCUCAAGGGACGAAUCCGUAAGGAGCUCUUCAAACUUGGAGCAGUAGCUCUUUACUACACCUAUACAGCUAUGGAGGAAGAAAUAGAAAGGAACAAGGACCACCCCCAUUUUGCUCCUCUUUAUUUCCCAUCUGAGCUGCACCGCCAUGAGGCCCUGGCCCGUGAUCUUGAGUACUUUUACGGCCCAGAAUGGCAGAGUCUCAUCAGCUGUUCCCAGGCCACCCAACACUACGUGGAUCGUAUCCACCAAGUCGGCCAUGAGGACCCCGUGCUGCUGGUGGCCCACGCUUACACCCGCUACAUGGGCGACCUGUCCGGAGGCCAGGUGUUGAAGAAGGUGGCACAGAGAGCCCUGAAGCUCCCCCCGACGGGAGAGGGUUUGGAAUUCUACCAGUUUGACGCCAUCGAUAGCGCUAAAGCUUUCAAGCAGCUGUACCGUAGUCGCAUGAACGAGCUUGAGCUGGACGUCAUGACAAAAAAGAUGCUGGUUGAGGAGGCGGUCAAGGCCUUCCAGUUCAACAUGGAGGUUUUUGAGGAGCUGGAGAAAAUUGGUGAAACCUUCCAGGAAGAGGUGUCAAACGCUGGCAUGCCCGUCCAUGGAGCCAUGGGAGGCGACAUCAGCAAGUGUCCCUACUAUUCUGCUAAAAUGGCGGCGACGGGUGGAACAACAUAUGUGGGCCAGCUGGCCAUGGCCGUAAUGCGGCAUCCGACUGGUCAAGUUCUGAUCGCGACGUGGUUUGCAGCUUUAGCUGGACUGGCGGCUUGGUAUCUGAUGUAAGAGGAAGAACACGCUGACGGAUGGGCACAGUAAGAACGAUCUCCAGACUCAAGACCAUUUCAUGCAAACGUUUGAGGGGGUUUAAAGUUGUGUUAUUAUAGUAAAAAUAUCUGGAUCCAUCACUUCAGGACCAUAUUGACCCCAUCCAUACUUUUUAUUUUUUCUACCUCCUUUGCACCAUCCCAACCAUAAUCCGUCAUUUGUACAAACUAUGCAUAUGUUAUAGAUGAAGUUUCUUCAGUGUGCUGCACAGGGUCUCCAUUUGACUCAGGAAAGAAGUAGUAUAAAAAGUGAUAUAACAACGGUUUAUUUGUCGUAUUAAAAGUCUUAAAAUACUGUAUUGCUUUACUUUUACACAGUAUUAGCUGCUAAAAAGGUUCCCAGCCCCCUUUAUGAUUCCAUCUUGGGCCAUAAAUGUUUUGUUCUAAUGCAUUGUGACACAUAGCUGGAAUGUAACUGCUAAAAAAACAUAGCUUAGCUGUAUUUCCUCAUUUAGUAGCCUGGGAGGUUUGUAUACUCUACUGCAGAGAGUACAAGGUAUGUAUAGUAAAGGUUUUUAUUUGUAAAAGUAAAAUUUUUGUAUCACAUUCCCGUGGAUUUGAGAAAGGGAAGUCAUUAUAAAUUACAAUAUGUAUUUAUAAUUACUAUGUACAGUGAUAUAUUUAAUAUCCAUCCAUCCAUUUCUACCGCGUUUCCCUUUUGGGCUAAGGGUGGAGCUGGAGGCUAUCUCAGCGGCAUUCGGGCGGUAGGCGGGGUACACCCUGGACAAGUCGGCACCUCAUCGCAGAGCCAACACAGAUAGACAACAUAAAAUAUUUAUUUUAAAGAUAAUUAUGGGCCUGAUGCAAAGCUUCUGCUUUGUACAGGGGAACCUCGAUUUAUAAACUUAAUUGGUUCUUCAACACAGUUCAUAAACCGACAAGAGAAGCAAAUUCCCCAUAAGAAACAAUGUAAACGUGUCAUUGGUUCUAGCCUUUCCAAAAAUUAUUUUUUUAGUAAAAAACUGCACUCUAUAGACUAAUGUAUUUAUGUAUUGUAUAUACAUCAAACCAACAUAAGGGGGUAUUAGCCCAUAUAUAUUUGUUAUCCAAAGAACACAACAGCAAGCUUAUGAGAUGGACAGCAACUUUGAGUGCCUUGAAAGGAGUCCUACAAAAUAAAUGUAUUAUUUUUAUUAAACAACUGUCAACGCGCGUGCACAAAAAAAAAGAAAUUAUUUGGCGCUCCAAAAAUGCCAUGUUUAACUUACGUCGGUGAAUAUUUACUGCAUUUUUUGAACAUUUUGCGAGUUUGGGAGUGUAAACAGACAGUGGCUUCCCCUCAAUCAACCCUAGCGUUAGCACAAACUAACAACAAUGUUGCUGCAAUAAUAAAGAAAAUAUUUUUUCACCUCGUCACCAAAUAUUUGUGGCACUAAAGUUUCGUAGUGAUAAAUGAGCAGUGGCCAGUCACCGUUAAUGUUAGCACAAACUAGCGUGAGGCGAUCCUUCACCAGCCUGUGUUCCAGUAGUGCCUUCUCUUUCGCUGUAAUUUGAUGUCCUUCCUGGCAUCUUUUUCUAAAAAAAAGUCCGGUCUAAUCAAAACGAAAGACUUGCUGCGGUACAAAGACGCCUUCACCAAUGAAAUCCUCAAAGUGCUUGAUAAAGUACUCCACGUCAGCCUUGAGGGCGAGCAAGCCCCCUGGGUUGCUCACACUCGUGGGGCGGUAUAGCUCGGUUGAGGGUUGCAGGUUCGAUCCCUGCUUCCGCCAUCCUAGUCACUGCCGUUGUGUCCUUGGGCAAGACACUUUACUCACCUGCUCCCAGUGCCACCCACACUGGUUUAUAUGUAAAAAUUAGAUAUUGGGUUUCACUAUGUAAAGCGCUUUGAGUCACUAGAGAAAAGCGCUAUAUAAAUAUAAUUCACUUCACUUCACAUAGGGAAGCUUCACCAACCAAGAACCUGAACCACAACGAGCCAGACGCGGUCCCCAGGCGCUAUAUGACAGCUGCCCACUACUCCUUGAGAGGAUGGGUCAAAUGCGGACACUGCAUUUCCUUGUACUUGUGACAAUACAGAUAUUUUAAAUGAGGAGCCUAGAAUGCUUGCUACUAGGGAUGUCCGAUAAUAUCGGCCAAUAAAUGCUUGGUCAACAGCCAUACAUGUCACACUGAGGGUGGCCGUAUAAACAACUUUAACACUGUUACAAAUAUGCGCCACACUGAACCCACACCAAACAAGAGUGACAAACACAUUUCGGGAGAACAUCCGCAACAUAAACACCACAGAACAAGUACCUAGAACCCCUUGCAGCACUAACUCUUCCAGGACGCUACAAUAUACACCCCCGCUACUCCCUCCCCCCAACCUCCUCUUGCUCUCUCAGGGAGAGCAUGUCCCAAAUUCCAAGCUGCUGUUUUGAGGCAUGUUAAAAAAAAAUUAUGCACUUUGUGAUUUCAAUAAUAAGUAUGGCAGUGCCAUGUUGUCAUUUUUUUCCAUAACUUGAGUUGAUUUAUUUUGGAAAAACUUUGUUACAUUGAUUAAUGCAUCCAGCGGGGCAUCACAACAAAAUUAGGCAUAAAAAAAUAUGUAAAUUCCACGACUGCAUAUAUCGGUAUCGGUUGAUAUCGAAAAUCGAUAAUUAAGAGUUGGACAAUAUCGGCAAAACAGCCAUUAUCGGACAUCCAUCUCCACUUGCUACUUUUCAUCUAUCCAGAUUAACAACAGUUUUUUGACCUGGUUUCGCAAUCUUUCUCCGUCCUUGCAAACAUUUGUCCCCUUUGGCAAAGUCAUCAGUAACAUAAACAUGCUUAUUAUGCAUUUGUGGAUGUGUUUCUUUGAUAUUUGUGAGCCAGAUCAGCAAUGCGUGCGCCAUUGCCGUACUCAUCGCAAAUAGUCCGUUUUAAGUCCACAGCAAAUUCCACCUUCUUUCCAGGCUGGUUUGUUGGCUUUGUGUAACCCAUACUGAAUAACUUAAAAGACUAAACUUGGUGAAGAAUAAUGGAAUGCGUAAACAGGAUGUGUCGUAGUUCGCUCUGCCUUUUCAAAAUAGCAGCGCAUUGACGCUUCCAGUGGAGAGAAAAGGAAUGAGGAGUUCGUAUAACAAGACAUGGUUCGCAUACAGGGGAACAUUUUAUUCAACCUAAAAGGUUCCCAGAGGGUAAAUCAAGGUUCCACUGUAUACCAACUGUUUGUCUGUUAGCAUGCAAAUUUUAGAACGUUAUGAUAGACAUGCAAAUUUUAUACGAUAACUUCCCGAGAUCAUCACUUUUAAUACUCGGUGCCAUCCUGCAAGUAUGCUAACUUGUUAAGUUAAAGUCCCAACAAUAGUCACACACUCUAGGUGUGGGGAACUUAUCCUCUGCAUUUGACCCAGCACCUUGUUCCAUACUUGCCAACCCUCCCGGAUUUUCGGGGAGACUCCCGAAAAUUCAGCGCCUCUCCCAAAAACCUCCCGGAAGAAAUUUUCUCCCGAAAUUCAGACGGAGCUGGAGGCCACGCCCCCGCCAGCUCCAUGCAGCCUGUUUUCACGUCCGCGUUCCUACAAUAUAAAGAGCUUGCCUGCCCAAUCACGUUACAACAUCCAGGGAUUUUAAUAAAAAAACUGCACACACAAGGAGACAAGCAGAAGAACGAGGAAGUUGCAGCCAUGGCGAUAGAGUGAUCUAUGUGGUCUGUUGCCAUCUCCUGGUGAAUGUUGGCUAUAGCUUUUUUUUUUGUCAUGAAAAAAGUAAAAUAAUAAACGUGAAUCCACUGUGUACUCAUAUGAACUUUUAUUAGCACAUUGUGCCAACAACAUAACAUGAGUAUAACAUCAAAGUCUCUGGUACCUUCCUCUCUGCCCAUAACAUAAAUCAAAAAAUCACGUAGAAAAAUAUACAAAUGACAAGAACCACCAAUUCCACACUACUGUCAUUAUGAAUGUUAUUUUUCAACAGCUGAAAUAAAGUUGUCAGUUUGAACCGUCAGAUAAACCUCCUGCAUGUUUGCGUGCACGAGUCGACUCACAAACUCUCCUUCUUCCUCUCCCUCAAUUUAGCAGUACGAUGCUCUCAGUGCAUUCUCGUCUACUGAUGUUGGUGUCAGUAAUUUCUCCUGUUUUUCAUGUUUAUGUUUUCUUCUUUCAAAAAUACUCCAGGGGCUUGUCUUUUAAUCCAGGGUGCUUGGUCUCUAAGUGGCGAAGCAGUUUUGAAGGCUUCAUUGCCUCAUUAGAGAGCUGCUCGCAACAUUUUAUGCAGAGCGGGCUCGGUGUGUGGGAAUCACCUGUUGCGAUAAAUCCAGUUGAAGUAGAACUCCUGGUAUUGUCUGUUAAAAGCUUUCUUUUUGUUGGGAGUCGUAGGCUGUUCUUCUCUCUCUUCACUGUGCCUUUUCCCCUUCACAAAGAAACUUUCCAAAGACGUCCGUUUUUUUACACAUUUUCUUAGCUAGGUUAAAUUUUGCCGUUCACGUGACCAAGAUAUAACCGAGAGAAUCCGGUCAUUUUUCAAAAUAAAGUACUAAAAAAAAAAAAUUGUUCGGGCUCAGAUUAUAAAUAAAACAGAAAUAACUAAUUAUUUCUUGUCCUUAUUUGUAAAAGCUUAGUUUUUUUUUAAUUUUGGCAAUUUUCUUUUAUUUAUAUACAUAUAACAAAAUAUAUGAAGCUAGAGUUCACUGAAAGUAUUUCAUUCACACACACACACAUACAUAUUAUAAAUAUAUAUAUAUAUAUAUAUAUGAAAUACUCGAGUUGGUGAAUUAGCUGUAAAUAAACUCCUCCCCUCUUAACCACACCCCCCACCUCCCAAAACCGGAGGUCUCAAGGUUGGCAAGUAUGCCUUGUUCCACCCCCUGGGAGGUGAGGGGAGCAGUGAGCAGCAGUGGUGGCCGCGCUCGGGUAUCAUUUUGGUGAUUUAUAGAUGCUAAUAAUAUGUUUUAUUUUGGCUAAUUUUGUACUUUAAAACCUACAAAUCAUGCAUUUCAUUACUUGGUGCCAUCUUGCAACUAUAACUGUUCUUAUGUUAGCAUGUAAACAUGAGCCUACUAACAUUUUAUUCGCCCAUAUUAGCUAAUUUAUGUUUAAACGUAAAAAAAUCAUGGAUUUCCCUAUUAGGUGACAUGUUUUGGUAGCAUUCCAAGAAUAAAAUACUAUUAAGCUAACAUUAACAUGCUCUCAAUCUUAUGUCUUUAUAACAAAUGCCCAGAAUGUACCGAGUUGGUCUUCAAGCAACUCUGGUAUAAAAAUGUGAAGUGAAGUGAAUUAUAUUUAUAUAGCGCUUUUUCUCUAAUGACUCAAAGCGCUUUACAUAGUGAAACCCAAUAUCUAAUUUUUACAUUUAAACCAGUGUGGGUGGCACUGGGAGCAGGUGGGUAAAGUAUCUUGCCCAAGGACACAACGGCAGUGACUAGGAUGGCGGAAGCGGGGAUCGAACCUGCAACCCUCAAAGUUGCUGGCACGGCCGCUCUACCAACCGAGCAAUACCGCCCCACAGCUUAUUCACACAAAUCAGCUUAUUCUUCAAGCACUGUUUAUAAGAGCAGAGGCCAUUAUUUGAGGAAAUACACUACGUUUAUGCUUUGUGUCCGAUAAACAUUGAUGCUUGUAGCAGCUAUUUGAAUCCUUACCGCUCCAUGUUUUUUUCACAAGUAUGCAAAGAGACGUUCUUAAUUGCAUCGCUCGACUCCACUUUGAAAGAUAGACGGGUUUUAGCUGCCACAGGAGCUUAUGUUAGAGCGAAGCGUUUGACACAGGAGAUUGUCACUGGUUUAUUGUUAUUUUAAUAAUGUUACGAUAUCGACUGAACACGUUUAAAUUAAGACGGCCUAUCUAAAUAUUAGUCGGAACUGCCUCAGGUUUGGUACCAAAUGGAUACUCUAAUAUUCAUUGUUUCCUUUAUUCAGAUUUGAUUACUAUAUAUGCUGGUUUAAUGUUGCGGUCUAUAUGCAGAAUGGUUGCACAGUUUGAGAAUGGAAUAUUGUGUUUCUGCUUUCUCCCCCAUGCAACAUGUUAUCAUUUAAGAAGCGACGAUGUAUUAUUUUUCUCAGGAGAGUCAUGUGAUAGGACAAAAAAAACAUGUUCAGUAGGACUACACAACACAAGCUGGGUUUUGAAUAUAGUAGGGACAUUUGCAUAUGUAUACUGUACUUUAGUACUUCAAAAGGCUAAACUAUACAUACAAUGCUUUGUAGUCUCUCUGUUUUGCAUGAACUAGUGUUAUUAUUUUAGUGCAGGACUUGACAAAAAUGACUGCACAGUUGAUGUUUCAUUGUUUGAGAAUGUAAUAGGAAAUAAACAGUAUCCUUAUGUGA